AUGCCACCCGUUGCAACUGAAAAUAUCGCGUCAGACGCCACUAGGUCUGAGGCGCCUGCGCCAUAUCUAAGUACCAUGCCCGCAAAUAAUUUCAGCUGGCAAAUUACUCUGGCACAAAAGGUUGUUGCCAUCACUGGUGCCAAUCGUGGUAUUGGCCUUGGUAUUGCCGAAGUCUGUUUGGCAAAUUCAGCGAAAGCCGUUUACUCAUUGGAUCUAAUGGAGCCGGGAGAGGACUUUGCCGCUCUACAGAAACGAUACCCAAACUUCCAGUUUAUACAAACCGACGUUACAUCAGAGCAAAGUGUGGAGAAAGCCAUCAACCAAGUCGUUGAAGCGACUGGUCGCAUUGACGGGCUGGUGGCCAACGCAGGCAUGACCAAACAUCAACCCGCUCUCAAAUUUGACCGCCCCGAGCUAGAACAGUUGUUCAGCCUUAAUGUGAGUCUCUUCCUGCUUGAUUGGCUGGUUGAUCGUCUGAUCCGUGGCCAGGUGUUCGGUGCCUACUUCUGUGCCCAAAUUGCAGCGCGCAAGUUUAUCGAGCUCGGUGUUAAGGGCUCUAUUGUAAUGACAUCAAGUAUGACUUCGUAUCGACCAAACCGAGCGGCACCUUCUGCGCCAUAUGGAGCAACCAAAGCUGCCGUUCGAAACAUGUGCCAUACCCUUGCAAUGGAGUGGAGCAAGCAUGGCAUUCGCGUCAACAGCAUUUCCCCGGGAUUCGUACGAACCGCUAUGACCUAUUACGUGGAGACUGCCCCGGACUGGGAUCUCAAGAUGCAAUACUAUGGCGGCAUGCCUCGCUUAGCUGAUCCACGAGAGCUCGGUGGAGCCUAUGUGUACCUAUUGAGCGAGGCAAGUUCCUAUACUACUGGUAUUGACAUCCCAAUCGCGGGAAUUGUUGGCGCGUGGUGA